AUGAGCGGGAAGAAGAUCCCGGCGGGUAAUAAUAACAAGGUCCGCAUCAGCAUCAGCAUCAGCAUCAGCAUCAGCAUCAGCAUCAGCAUCAGCAUCAUCAUGCACCGCGCACAGCUACAGCGUGGAUACGCCGAGUCGCCGAGUCACCUACCUAUAGCUCCUGGCGCAAGUCCUGCGCGAUUCGUUGCACAAGAAUCGCAGCAGAUCGCAGUCAGCAGCUUGGAUGGCAUGGCAAUUAAGUACUGCACCGCCGUACCCACCCGGAUGAAACCUGCCGAGGCAGGCAGGGUCGCGCGCGAGUCGUCAUCUAUAUGCUCCGCGCGAUCUCUAUCGGACGAUGCUGGUGGUGCUGCUACUUGUACUCGCACCGUGACUCACGACUCAAGACUUGCAUGUCAGCAGGACCGCAGGCUAAGCGGGCGCGGGCGACUCAUGCAGCUACACGGAGCAACGAAGCUGUUUUUCGUUGCUGCAUGGCGAGGAUCGAGUGUCACAGUCACGCAGUCAGAAGCCAGAGCACCGGUUGCUGUGCAAGUGUACGGCGCCGAGUCUUUUUUCCUCGCGGAGAUCGCCAUCCAUCCACUCACGACUGAUGAGUGA